AUGUCGAAGUUUGGAGAUAUUGAAGUCUUGUUCCGGCCAACUCAGCCAUGUGAAUCAACAGAAGCACAGUACUCUGGCCUGAACCCGGUUUCAGUAAUUCUACCACCGGGCUUUCAAAAGCGUCCCAAUUGCCGUGCCUUUAAGGCUCCAACUAUAUUUGACCGAGACAUCCAAAUUCCUUUACGGGACGGAGUGAACCUGUUUGCUGACGUGUUCCGACCUGUUGAUGAACCAAAGGUACCAGCCCUUCUCGUCUGGAGUCCAUAUGGUAAGACAGGCGCAGGCUUCUUUAGCCUUGACCUUGUUCCUGGCCGUGUGGGAGUUGCACCUGAAAGACUUUCUGGCAUGGAGAAGUUUGAAGGCUUAGACCCUGCCGAAUGGGUUCCUAGAGGUUAUGCCAUUGUCAACGUUGAUACAAGGGGUAUCUUUAACUCGGAGGGGGAUAUGGUAUGGCUUGGCACACAAGAAGGUCGAGAUGGAUACGACACAAUUGAGUACAUUGCAAGCCUACCUUGGUGCACCGGCAAGGUCGCAAUGGCUGGAAACUCUUGGUUGGCUAUGAGCCAAUGGUUCAUUGCAGCAGAGCGGCCUCCACAUCUCAGUUGCAUUGCACCAUGGGAGGGAGCUAGUGAUUUCUAUCGCGAAACGCUCUGUCGCGGAGGGGUCCCAUAUAAGCCUUUUUGGGGGUUUCUCUCUAAUGUUAUGUUCGGGAGAAAUCAACAGGAAGACGUCCUCGCUAUGCUGGAACGCUAUCCUUUUAUGAAUGAGUACUGGGCCGACAAGCGGGCUGAUAUCUCCCGGAUUGAGGUCCCCGCAUACGUCCUUGCCAGCUUUUCUACUGGACUACAUACUGCUGGAUCCUUUCGUGGAUACCAAGAGAUUUCUCAUGAACGCAAGUGGCUGCGAGUUCACUCGACCCAAGAGUGGCAUGAUAUAUAUAAAGAGGAAAAUGUCGUAGACUUGUGCCGUUUCCUAGAUCGCUACACUAAAGGGAUCGAAAAUGGAUGGGAAAACMCCCCGCCAGUCCGACUAUCCAUUCUACAAUUUAACAAACCAGCCAUUGUGAACCAUGUGUUCCCCUCCUGGCCAGUUCCGAAAACACGAUAUGAAAAAUUAUAUGUAGCCGGCAGUGGCCAAUUAGCUUCCCGACCAGCUCAGACGGCUUCAUCUCAACUAUACCAAGCUGAUGUCAAGGCUCUACAAAUUGACCAAGAUUCGGAAGAGUUACUCUUCACUCAUACAUUCACCGAAACGACUUACCUGAUCGGGGCGUCCAAGGCUGUUCUGUAUAUGAGCUGUCCAUCACAUGACGAUCUAGAUGUUUUUGUUCAGCUACGAAAGGCUUCAAGUGAUGGUGAAAUCCUCCAAAACAUAAACAUACCCCUUGAGGAUUUGGGUCUGUCCGAUGCCAAAGAUGUGGUGCCGGUCAAUACAAAUAUCUACCUCGGUCCAAGCGGUAUACUACGAGCAAGUCACCGCGUCAUCGACCAAACUCUUUCCCAUGGAAACGAGAUCGUUUACUCACAUACAGCCGAGAAAGCGCAAAAAGUAAGACCUGGCGAUAUCGUUCGACUGGAAAUUGCCAUUUUACCCUCAGCUAUCAGAUUUGAGGCUGGAGAAAAGCUGAUUCUCAAGGUUGCGGGCCAUCCACUGAUAUUAGCUGAAUUUGAACCACUUCGAGGGGGGUUUGUCGCCGAGAAUCGUGGACUUCACUGUGUACACUUUGGAGCACAAUUUGAUAGCCAUGUUCAAAUUCCUUUGGUGAAUCUUUGA